AGAGCGUACGUAGUGGACUUGCGUUUGUGCUUCGGCCGUGAGAAAAAACAAAAAGGGGCAAAAAAGCAAGAUGGCGACUCGUCAAGAAAGAUAGGAUAGCCUGAAGGGAGUGAGUGAUGGUGUUUGCCGGAAAAGGAUUGCUAGCCACACUACAGUUAUCAGUAACGAUUCGGAGAUAAAAUGAAACGGAUGCCUCGCGUCCAUAUUUCAUGUGUUUUGUCAGAGUGGAGGACGUCUAGGGUGAAUUGAAGCAAGCGGCCAACUUUGCUUGUAGCCGUUAGCAGCGCUAGCUCGCCAACGGCAUCAAAGCACAGCUGGCAUUCGUUAGCCAACCACCAUCCGAGAGCAGCCAGCAGUCAUCGCAACGAAACCAAGGAGAGCGGCUAGUGGUCCCGUCACAGCUCGGGACAUCGAGGUGUCUACGGGCUAUGGAAGGGGACGAGUUUGUCGCUCCUCCGGAGUGUCCAGUUUUUGAGCCGUCAUGGGAGGAGUUCAAGGAUCCUCUGGGCUACAUCGCCAAAAUACGUCCAAUUGCGGAGAAGUCUGGAAUCUGCAAAAUUCGACCGCCACCAGACUGGCAACCACCAUUUUCAGUGGAGUUGGAUACGUUCCGAUUCACGCCGCGCAUCCAGAGGCUUAAUGAACUGGAGGCGGAGACAAGAGUGAAGCUUAAUUAUUUGGACCGCAUUGCCAGGUUUUGGGAGAUUCAGGCUUCCUCCUUGAAAAUUCCGCACAUCGAGAGGCGCAUUCUUGAUCUUUUCGGUCUCUCAAGGGUUGUGUCUAAUGAAGGCGGUUUUGAGUUGGUCUGUAAAGAACGACGCUGGGCCCGUGUGGCUCAAAGGCUGGGCUACCCCCCAGGCAAGAACAUCGGGUCUCUUCUGCGCUCGCACUAUGAGAGGAUCGUCCACCCUUUUGAAAUGUUCCACUCUGGUGCCAGCUUGCCGCAUUGCAAGCCGAAGCACUAUGAUGGUGAGGAUGUGGACAAAGAGUACAAGCCCCACUCCAUCCCCCUGCGUCAAUCAGUGCAGCCAUCCAAAAUGAGCAGUUACGGGCGCCGAGCGAAUCGCUGCCAGCCUGAUGGUCCGGAGGAUCCCAACCCUCAUCCUCUCACCACUGGCUUUCAACUCAUCUCAGCGCCCGAACCUACCGAGGAAGACAUAGAGAAGAACCCAGAGUUGAAGAAGCUGCAGAUCUAUGGCGCCGGGCCCAAGAUGAUGGGACUUGGACUCAUGGCACGGGACCGAUAUAGGAAGAAGGAUGAACUGCCUCAAACUGUGACCGUCAUGGACUGCCCAGCACCUGCUGCUGCUGGGGUCACCUGUGCAAAAGGGGAGCCUCCGGUUCCACAGGACGGACAGACUGAAGAGUGCUCAGCCACCCCCCAGAUCCCUCCCGUCACGGUCAAAGCAGAGGUCAAGCCGGAAGUGAAGACCGAAGUAAAGAAAGAGGAAUUGGAGGAGCAUCUUCACAAAGACAGUCGCCAACAUCUUACCGAUGGUCCAUGCACCAAAAUGACCAUGAGGCUACGACGUAACCUCGACAACAUGCAAAGUGUGGAUUCAUUUGUGUGUCGAAUGUGUGGUCGUGGAGAUGACGACGAGAAACUCUUGCUGUGUGAUGGUUGUGAUGACAACUACCACACCUUCUGUCUGCUGCCACCGCUCACUGAUCUUCCCAAAAGCAACUGGCGAUGCCCAAAGUGUGUUGCGGAAGAGUGCAAGAAGCCUUCGGAAGCGUUUGGUUUUGAACAAGCAACUCGGGAGUACAGUCUGCAGAGUUUUGGGGAGAUGGCCGACGCAUUCAAAGCCGAUUACUUUAACAUGCCUGUCCAUAUGGUUCCCACCGAGCUUGUGGAGAGGGAGUUCUGGAGGUUGGUUAGCAGCAUCGAAGAGGAUGUGACUGUAGAGUAUGGAGCAGACAUCCACUCCAAAGAGUUUGGAAGCGGCUUCCCGAUGAACAACGGCAAGAGGAUUCUGACAAAAGAGGAGGAGGACUACGCCCGCAGUGGCUGGAACUUGAACGUGAUGCCCGUGCUGGAGCAGUCUCUCCUGUGCCACAUUAAUGGCGAUAUCUCUGGCAUGAAGGUGCCCUGGCUUUACGUUGGCAUGGUAUUCUCUGCUUUCUGCUGGCACAUUGAGGAUCACUGGAGCUACUCCAUCAACUACCUGCACUGGGGCGAACCUAAAACCUGGUAUGGAGUUCCUUCAGUAGCUGCUGAGCGACUAGAGGAGGUGAUGAAGAAAUUGACUCCAGAGUUAUUUGAGUUCCAGCCUGACCUCUUGCACCAGUUGGUCACAAUCAUGAACCCAAACAUCCUCAUGGCUCACGGUGUACCGGUUGUCAGGACCAACCAGUGUGCCGGCGAGUUUGUCAUCACCUUCCCCAGAGCAUACCACAGUGGUUUCAACCAGGGAUAUAAUUUUGCAGAAGCAGUCAACUUCUGUACAGCUGACUGGCUACCUGCCGGUCGUUCCUGCAUCGAGCACUAUCGACGUCUGCGGCGGUAUUGCGUCUUCUCUCACGAAGAGCUGACUUGUAAAAUGGCAGCCAGUCCAGAGAAACUGGAUCUCAAUCUUGCUGCUGCAACACACCGGGAAAUGUUUAUUAUUGUUCAGGAAGAGAGAAAGCUGCGAAAGGCUCUGAUGGAAAGGGGCAUCACUGAAGCGGAGCGUGAGGCCUUUGAGCUGUUACCUGAUGAUGAGCGACAAUGUGACAAAUGCAAGACAACAUGUUUCCUCUCAGCACUAGCUUGUUCAAGCUGCCCCGAGAGUUUGGUGUGUCUGUAUCACACUCAGGAUCUGUGCAACUGCCCCACUGACAAACUAUACCUCAGGUACAGAUACACCCUGGAUGAGUUGUUGGCCAUGUUACACCGCCUAAAAGUUCGCUCAGAGUCCUUCGAUUCAUGGGCCAACAGAGUAAAAGAGGCGCUUGAGCAAGAGGAUGGAAAUAAGAUAGGAAUUGAUUACUUGGAGACACUCAAGACGGAAGCAGCUGAAAGAAAGUUCCCAGACAAUGAACUUCUUCGUAAACUCAACACUGUUCUCAAAGACAUAGAGCACUGCCAACAGAAGAGCACUGAACUCCUUGCUGACUCAAGCACCAGUGCCACAAAAAUGACUUUGGCGGAGCUGAAAUUCCUGAUCGAGACUAUGCAAAACCUGCCCUGUGUGAUGCGUCAGCUGGAGGACGUGCAGGCGGUUCUGCAGCUGGUGAGUGAUUAUCAGAGCCGAGCUCAGGAGUUGAUCAACGAGCGCGACUGGAGGCGGAACAAUGCACCAGCAGAGCUUUUGCAGACCUUGCUGGAACAGGGAACUCAGCUGCCUGUCCUAGUGCCAGAGUGUAAUCUGCUUCAAGGCCUUCAAGAGUUAGGGCGAUGGCUGGCAGAAGUCAGGCGCACCUUGGGCACCGAGGGGGCCGAGAGGCCAGAGGUCACGUUGGCAGUGUUGAGGAAUUUAAUUGAGGCGGGCUGCAACGUGCCACAGAGCGCAUCUGUGGAUACGGCUAUGGCAGAACUGCAGGAGCUACUCACGAUUGCGGAGCGCUGGGAGGAGAAAGCGCAGAUCUGUCUAGAACAACGGCAAAAGCACCCUCUGUCAACACUGGAGGCGAUUGUGAAUGAGGCCCAGCUUAUUCCUGUCAAGUUGCCUAACAUUCAAGCUUUACAGGGCUGUCUAAGCCGUGCGCGUGCUUGGGUAACAGACCUGGAGGAAAUCCAGAAUGGGGAGCAUUACCCAUGCCUGGAUGACCUGGAGGGCCUGGUGGCCGUUGGAAGGGACCUGCCCGUCUUCAUGGAGGAGCUGCGACAGCUGGAGUUUCAGGUGGCCAGCGCUCAUUCCUGGAGGGACAAGGCCUCCAAGACCUUCUUGAAGAAGAGCAGUCAGCACAGCCUGCUCGAGGUGUUGUGUCCAUGCGCUAAAAGGAGACAUGGCAAAACGGAGGACACGGACGACCCUGAUACAAACACUCUGGGACUUUCUGCUCAAGACCUUAGAGACCCUGCGGCUAUUGUGAUGGCAUUCAAAGAAGGGGAGCACCGGGAGAAAGAGGCACUACUGAGGCUCCAAAAAGUCAACAUGGCGAAGCUAGGACGUGACGCAGGGGGUGACAAGGAAGCGAAGGAGACGUCAGAUGACCUCAUGGAAACGGACUCGGCAAACUCUGUCAAAGAGAAUGGGAACCACCUCGGCUCCUCUGUUCAGACUGUGUGCGUGUGCGCUGGUCAGCCGCGCACACCUCAGUUGCGCUGCCACCUUUGCAAGGACUGGUUCCACGGUGGCUGUGUUCCUUUCCCCUCGCUGUUGCCCUCUUGUGGACCACCGGGCAACCCACGCUGCUGGUGGGACUGGGACUCGCGUUUUCUGUGUCCGCGGUGCCAGCGCUCGCGCCGCCCCCGUCUGGAGACUAUCUUGGCGUUACUGGUAGCCUUGCAGCGGUUGCCCGUGCGCCUGCCCGAGGGCGAGGCGCUGCAGUGUCUCACAGAGCGAGCCAUAACAUGGCAGGGUCGUGCCAAGGAGGCACUGGAGACCCCUGAGCUUCAGCGGGCCCUUCAGACGCUGCAAGAACUCAAAGAAACCCUCCGUUGUGACAAAGAGGAGGAAAGUGAGCAGAAAGAGCCCGACUCCAACUCAGUCAUUGUUUUAUCCGACUCGGAGGGAGGUGAAGGAGAGGACGGAAUCAUCGAUUUGACGGACGAUUCCCCUAAAAAGAAAUCCAAUGGCGUUGAGACCACUCGAGAGAACGGCAUUAGCAAGAAAUCCGGCGUCACUGGUGUGGGCGCUCUGCUGCCGCUGCUGCCCGAGCUCAAAGGUCAGGUGGUGCAGCUUUCACCGACCACCAGGGAGCGACUGGAGGGGCUGCAGCUGGACGGAGAUCUGCUGGAGGUCUCUCUGGAUCAGACGCACACCAUAAGCAGAGUCCUGCAGGCGGCCUCUGAUCCGCCUGUGGCAACACUAUGCACACUUAUUCAGAUGGAACUAGAAGAGCAGCAGCGAAACAGUCGAGGUCGUACGAAGGACUCCAAGAGAAAGCGAAAGAGCCACAGAGGAAGCGGCGCCAAUACGGACGGCGUCGGAGCGGCCCUGCCGGAUGUGCCGGACUCGAAGAAAACAUGCCCCUCCCCUCAGCUGCCCGCCGACACUCAUCCAGAGAUUCUGUGAAGGGUAGAAGUUGGCUCUGCCAAAGACAUUGAGGGAGCAGACUGACAAAAGAAAGAUGCGGGACAUCCACCCACCACACAACGUCAUUUCUCAACCUUGUACACUCCCUCCACAUGAAUCCGACUUUCUGUCCCCCAAGAGGUCCUCGUUCCUGGAAUCGGUUUCUCCCGUCAGCUCCCAAGACAGUUGGAAAAUGUGGGACUUCCUGUGAUAGAAGUUUAUGUGGUCUAUCUAGAGUUGUCUCCCAGGUAAGUUGGUAUGUUUUGUUACCCCCAAUGUGUUAAGUGGAAGCCCUCUGCCCCUGAUCUCGAGCUCCACGGAUAAGCUAUAUGGGUUCGUUUGGAUUCCAUGAGGCCACGACACGGACAUACGGCGCAACCUUGAUGACUUUUAUUUUUGUAGUCCUACUCAAGCUCGUUUUGGCAACGGGGAGAACUGGUGACGUUGUUUUGGGAAGUGUUUAAAACAGGCAUUCAUGUUUUUGGUGCUACUUUCCCAAAAUGGACACUGUCUGACCCCAGAGCAGAGCUGAUGUCGGUCAUCCUCUCAGUUCCACUUCCUUCAUUUGCAGAGUUAAGGUAUCUUUACUGUAACUCACUUUAUUUCUCUGUUUCAAACAAUAUUCUUCUUGUUAUUGUUGUUAUUAUUAUUAUUGCAGAGAGACACUGUUAUCAUUUGUGUAAAAACUUUUUAUUUUAAUGUUGCCUUUGUUUCUUUUCACUCUUGUUAGAAAAAUAAAGGUUUAGAAUUGUUUAGGAAAAA